AAAACUUCCCACAUAUGGGAGUGUUCUAUGUUCAAGCAGAGAUGGCCAUAUUAGAUGAGUUCCAAGACUUCUGUGUGCUUGAAUGCUCAGGAUGCAAACAGAAGAAGCGAACAAAGGAUAGAAAGGAUUUUGACUGUCCAAAAUGCAAUCGGAAAACAUCCUUAGUGCCUCGCUGUAGCUUCCAGAUUGAUCUUAUUGACGAUACUGCUACAACCACAACAUCUAUCUCUGCUGAAUUAGGAGAAAAAUUACUGUCCAUGACAGCAGAAGACAUAUUUGACAUAACUUGCACUAAGCGACAAUCAUUGUCUCUUAAUCAUGUCCAUGAGAUGCUGUCAAGCAAAAUAUUCGAAAUUCAGCUAAGGAAGUCAUCUUGGAGCAGCUCAAAUACCACGACUACAACUUUGUCCAUUCUUUCCUACAUGGAAAAAAACAUAUUACACAGAGCGCUACUGAUAGGACUUCUAAAAAGAUAAAGCCUUUGGAAAUAAGUGAGGUAGAAGUGAUGGCAACAACUGCUGCAGCUGGUCCUUCAAAUGCACUAGGAAAAUUUGAACCACCCACACCAACCAAAAAGGUGUAACAGGAACUCCCACACACCAUUUUGUCACUUCUCCUUAUGCUAGGGACAAUAUAAUGAAUGAUUCUCCCUAUGCUCUGGUUUUUUGCAUCAGCAAGAUUAGCUAUGGACAGGCAAACUGCAGUGUCCUCUAAAUAUGAUAGACAAUGACAUGCUAAUCUUAUAUACCAAAACUGCAACAUGUACUAUAUUAUUAUUUUGGUUAUAUUACAUUAGUUAGUAUGUCUAUUGUACAUAUUCUGAAUAUUUCUAAUAGUGCAUAAUAUAAUAGAUCGUAUUAUCUA